UCUCAGUCUUAUCAAUAAUCCCCACAUAGUAAAGAAAAUCAGUCAGAGAUCUUGCAUGAAACUUGAAAGAUACCUUGAAAAAGAAUUUCGUUUCUUUUCGGGCCGUCCUGUUUGAUAGUUUCAGACCCAUAAGCCUUCUUAGCUCACUUUCAUUCUUUCAGAAAGCAUUAAACUUGUGUUAUCGAUAUAUAUAUAUGGUUGUACAUAUAUAUAUUAUAUAGAUUAUCAGUAGAGAUAAAAUGCUUGAAAUAAGAGAAGGGUCUUGCCUUCCUAGAGUUUUGGUGGGUGUGAAUGUGGGUCUUGUUUGUGUUGACAGCAUUAUUGCUAUUCUUGCUUUUACUCAGCUAAUAAGGAUUCACUUGAGGAAUUCACAACUCGGCUGGACGAGACAAAAAGUUUUUCAUCUAUUGAUUGGCUCUUCAAAUGUUGGUUUCUUCCUUUACUUUGCUUUAACUCUUGUUGCUGCCUGCUACAAAUGGCCGUGCUGGUCGUACUGUUGUGGUUUUAUUGCUAUGGCCAUCCCCAGAAUUCUAUUGUUUGCAGCUUUUCUUCUACUUCUUUCAUUCUGGAUCGACCUUUGCCAUCAGGCAGAUGAAGAAGAAGAAGAAGAUGAUGACGAAUAUGGUUUUCUGGAAGCUUUGUUGAAGAGGUCGUUACAUAAACCCGGUUCAUCAAGUGCAGAUAGUCAUAGAAUAUGUUUUCCUUUCCAGUCAAUUCAUGUGGGAAGCCGUCAAAAGAUUGUGAUUUUGGUUACUGUUCUAGUAUUUCUUAUAAUGAUUACAUUUGCUGUGGUAAUCUGGAUUGGGAUGGGAGAUAAUCCUAUCAAUUCAUCAGUGGUGGCACAGGUGUAUGUAGCUCUUUUUACGAUAGCAAUGCUAUUAUUAGGAGGAGCAUUAGCAUGUUAUGGACUCUUGUUAUGCUUGAAAAUGAGGACAGUUAGAUCUGAGAGAGCUUCUUCUGAAAUGUGGAAGAUUGCAGGAUUGGCUGUUGUCUCUGUUUUAUGUUUUACACCAAGUGCAAUCAUAGCCCUUUCAACUGGAAUUCCGGUCCUAUAUCAUUGGCAAGAAUUGCAAAUAAAUGGCGUUUAUACUAUUUCUUUACUGAUCUUAUAUUAUUUUGUAGGUUCUUCAGUACCCUCGAUAUUUGUAUUAUGGGUCAUGAGAGAGUUACCACCUGUAGUAGUAACUAACAGGCGGGAUGAAUCAAGAAUGAUAGCUUUCAUCCAUGAUAGUUCAGCAGCAGCAAUACAUCAACCUGAGCGCUGGACAACUGCAGCAAGCACACAAAGCCAGAUAUCGAGUGUGAGUCCUAUAUAAGUCAUCUUUCCAUACCAAAACGUCCUUGCUCUUCCUACAAGAUAUAUGGCUUGAGCUGAAUUGCUGAACGACUCUUGUCAGAAAAAGAGUUGGAAUUGUACAAUAAGUGAAUUAAAAAAUAAAGAAAGCUGGUUAAUUCAUACUUGACUGGUGACUCGGAGACAUCUGUAAGUUUGUCGUUGCCAUCUUUUUGAUACCUUGCCAUGUAAAAUUGCUAAAUGAGCUCAAUCUUUC